AUGGCGUCCACCACACAAGCACGCUCGAGCAUCACGCGUCGAAGUUUCUGGAAGCUUGUGGGUGUUGGUGUGUUUUUCGCGGGGUCCACGGGCGGUGGUCUGCUGCUGUACUACCGCCACGUCUGGUUGCCAGAGAGGCAGCGGGCGGCGCAGCUUUCGUGCAUGCAGCCGCCUGUUCGCCGUACACAGCCAUACAUCGCCGGUGCUAGCGGCCGCGGCCGUAGCAGUCCCGGGGCGAAUGGUGAUCCGUGUGACCCCGCGCAGGAGGCGGCCGCGGUAGGUGUGUUUGGGGCCCCGUUGCGUGCCCUCUCCGUCGUCACCUUCUACUGUUUUGUGGUGUUUCGCACAAUGUUGCUACUGACGCACAUGCUGCCGGUGAUGUGGUACGCCUUCCUCACGUACGGCCUGCACCUGUGCGGGGAGAAGGUCCUCUUUGAAAAGCUGCGGGAGGCGUUGACGGCGAUGGGUCCGAGUUACAUUAAGUUCGGACAGUGGAUGGCGACACGGCCGGACUUUUUCCCGCCGUCCCUCUGCACUGCGCUGGAAAAGCUCUACGACCACACGGCCUCCCAUGGCUGGUCCCACACAGAGAAGCUUUUGCGGCGCACCUUCCGUGAGGCCGCACCUGCAGAGGGCGGGAACACGUCUUCUGCCAUCCCAACCGCGUCAUCCUCGCAGGCAACGAGGACGGCGAGACCGGGGAAGUUGCAGUUGGUGGAGCAGCAGCCGCCGCCGAAGCGGAACGCGCUGUACUACCUUUGCGAGAUUGAAACCGUGCCCGUCAACAGCGGGAGCAUCGCGCAGGUGCACCGUGGGGUGCUGCGGGAGGCGGUGGACGGCAUUCCCGCCGGGACUGAGGUGGCGAUUAAAGUCACACAUCCCCGCAUUCGCUGGUCCGUGGCGGCGGACUUGGUUGGCAUGCGCUGGUUUGUGCACGCCCUCACGUUUAUCCUUCCCAGCAUCGUCUACUUUGAUCUGGAGCGGAGUGUGGAGGAGUUCUCGUCGUUUAUUCAGUCCCAGCUGGACCUGCAGCAGGAGUGUGACAAUCUGCAGCAGUUUAUAUUCAACUUCCGCGACUUUCCUGGUGUCAUCUUCCCCCGUCCGCUGCCCUCGCUCUGCUCACGGGAUGUGCUGAUUGAGACCUUUGAGGAGGGCCAGCCCCUGCAGGAUAUUCAGGGUGGGAAAAACUACGCGGAUGUCGCAGAGCGGGGAUGUCACAUGUUCCUCAAGAUGCUCUUUGAGGACAACUUUGUGCACUCCGACCUACACCCCGGCAACCUGCUGCUCCGCACAAAUCCCGGGGCCCCUGUCAGCAGCGUGACCGCCUCACUGCGACCGCCCUCCGCCGACGCAUGCUACCCUGAUGGAAGGAUGAAGCUCCGCCACGAGCUCAUCGUGCUGGACACAGGCCUCGUUUCGACGCUGUCGAAGGAGGAGCGCAACAACUUCAUAGCCCUUUUUGCGGCGGUGGCGUGUGGCGACGGCAAACUCGGUGCAGACCUUAUGCUGGACCGCAUGCCAGAGACCCGUGGCCCUAAACGUGAGGUGAACCGUGAGAAGUUUCGGGAGGACAUGCAGGCGAUCUUUAAUAUUGUUGCCCCUGAGAACUCGGAGGGCUUUAAGCUGAGCAAGGUCCGCAUAGGCCCGGUGCUAGCUAAGAUCAUGAGCACGUUGCGCGAGAAUCGGACGCCUAUUGACGGCAACUUUGCCUCGCUCGUUCUUACUGUGAUGGUGGGGGAAGGGCUCGGGCGCAGGUUGACGCCUGAUUUCAAUCUCUUUGGCGAAGCGGCGCCGUACCUGGUGGCGCUGCUGGAGGACGGCGAGCUGUGCUUCCUGGCCUCAAAGCUGCGCGAGACAUACGGUACCCCCGCGCUGCUGCGUGACUCGGUGCACUUUGUGCGGCCCGAGCGCACGGCAACUUACGCGGAGGUGGCCGUCAAAAAGGUAGUGAAGAGUGUAGGGCGGCUCUGGCGGCGGCUGACGGCCACGACGACGGAAACCGACGCGGACACGGUGCAAAAUUGA